UGUCAAAAAGGGUGUGGCGCGAGGGGGAAAGAGGGCGUCACGUUUAUUUUCGAGUCAUGUGACUCUCUGGCUGACUGACAGGGAAAAUGGCUGCCACGGGGGAGGAGGCUGCAGCAAUGGACAGUAUCUCCAGGGUACCUAUGGCCCAUCCAACGGCGCUGAACCUAGCUGGGGGCAGCGAUACCCAGGCAGAGGCAGCAGCGGCACCGGAGAAUGCAACCGAAAGUCUAAUACCCGCGCCUAAGAAGCCCAGCACUAACAGUGACGGUGGGGUGGAGACGGCAGAGGAGGCCACCGAGCCAGCCGAACCGGACAUUAACGAGCUGUGCACGGACAUGUUCGACAAGAUGGCUGUGUUUCUACAAGGAGAACUCACAGGCACCUGUGAGGACUACCGUCUGCUAGAGAACAUGAACAAGCUGACCAGCCUGAAGUACAUGGAGAUGAAAGACAUCAGCAUCAACAUCAGCCGAAACCUGCAGGACCUAAACAACAAGUACGCCAGUCUGCAGCCGUACUUGGACCAGAUCAAUCAGAUCGAGGAGCAGGUGUCAUCCCUGGAGCAGGCUGCCUACAAACUGGAUACGUACUCCAAGAAACUAGAGGCCAAGUUCAAGAAACUGGAGAAGCGAUGAUGGAAGGAAUAGUUUGGGAGAGGCUGUGCCUCGCAAUGCUGCGUACCCCACACCCAGCCAGUCCUUCCUCCUGCCCCCCCCUGUAAGACCAGCAGGGGGAAGACCUCGACUGCGACAGCUAACAGCCAAACACCUGCUGCACGAGGAGUCCCGCAGAGAAGCACACUGCUAGACACAGUCUCUCAGCUUUCAGAAGAGCUCGACCCUCCUGUUGGGUCUUUGAGCUUGACUGACAGGACCAGUGAUGCUCACGGCACCUGUGAAGUACGUGUGCAUUGAUCCAUUCACUUGUUUUUUUUUUACUAGUCGCAUUCCAGGCCAAUAAUAGUCUUGCUUUCUAACCCUAGAAAACCAACCUGUUGCCAUGUGAAGAAUGUCUGCUUGUCUCCUUAUUAUUUGCCCUGCUAAAUACAAGAUGGCGUGAGGUUUAAGAGCUGUGAAAGUAUUUCUGAGAUGUUCCAUGAAACAUCUGUGUAUGCCAUUUAUAUCCUCAGACAACGUAAAUCACGCCGUUAAGAAACACUCUUUUAUGUAAGUCUUACUUUACUGCAAGGAGCUUUUAAUUAUCUGUAUACUAAAUUAUGAAUUAUAUUAACAUUAAACGCUAUUUCUUAAACCAA